AUGACCCGGAAGCGCCGAGGAGGAGCUGCUGGACACUCGCACCGGCGCCGGUCCUUCUCCGAGGGCGACGUGGAGGCGCGCGUGAAGCGCGCCAAGACGCGCCGCGAGGAGGCAUCCAGCGCGGGGUCGUCGGCCGAGGCGGUGGCCCACUUCCAGGCGCUGCAGAGCCGCGCGGGCGCCGCGGCGCUGGCCGACGUGUUCGAGUGGCUGGGCGACGCCGUGGUCGGGGAGCUCGUGGGCCGCUGCCUGCUGUCACAGUUCCACCACGCGCCGCUGAGCGCGCGCGUGUUCCGCAACUUAAGGCUGGCGGUGGUGACUAACCGCAACUUAGCGCAAGUGUACGACGCCAUGGGCUACGCCACCGUGCGGCGGACAGAGGCGGACGGCAGUAAUAGUGCCAGACUCAAGCAGAAGCAGCGCGCGGACGUGGUGGAGGCCGUCGUGGGCGAGCUGGUGCUUAAGUUGCACCAGCAGCAGACCCCGUCCAAGUUGCAGUUGAUCUCAGACCCCACCAAUUACCGGGCGCACUUGGAUGCGCUGCUGGCCACCAUGUUGCACCUGCACUUCGCCGAGCGGACUAAAGCUGCGGAGGAGAAGGGGGAGACGAUGCUGGCGGCCAAAGGCCCGCUCACCGUCGCCUUCAACCCGUUCGCGUGUCUGCCGCAGGAGCAGCUGGACGAGGCCACGGGCGAGCUGCAGGUGCGCGACGGCGUCUUCGAGCACGAGGAGCAGCGCGCGUACACAGACCUCAUUGAGGAGUACAAAGGAGCAGGAAGCUCGAGAGGUGACGGAGUGCACCACUAUUUUGCAGCUGCUGAGACGGUGACGACCAGUGAUCGGGUGGACGUAUUGGUGGAUGGGGGAGAGACGGAGUUGACGGCGGCGCAGCGCGUGCGGCUGGCCAUGCUGCAGCUGGACGAGCAACAUAUACUGCGAACUUCGAGCGAGAUCUUUGAGGUAUUCAAGAUCUACGGCAUGGCGGUGCUCUCGGAGCGCAUGAGCUUGUCGCUCGCGCUGCCGCAUGUGACGCUCGGAGCUCAGCAGAAAAUUAAGCGGUCGGAGAUGGUCACGCCCGCGAGACUCACGCGGCAAAGGCAGCUUGUGCUCUCCGUUGCGAACCUGGCGGCAUGUGCUGCUGCGCUGGGCAUUGCGCAGGCGAUGGAUUCUGAAGAGGACGCAGCGGGAGGAGAGGAGGAAGUGGCGGCUCGACGGAUACAACAGGAGCACGGACGCGCGAACACUUUGCGCGCAUUCGUGGGCUUCCACAGCGCGGUUGCGACCACGUCGACCGCGGCCAACCGCCGCAGCAACUUGCUGGUGAACGCGAUUUGCGCUGCGCUGUACGACGCGGCAUUCGCUAGUCAAAGCGAGUUCAGUACUUCCGCGUCGCGCGCGUCCAAGAUUCCGGAGAGGGAGCCGCUCGUAGCUCUGAUGCGGGCGGUGGGGGAGGCGCGGGUCUUCAUGAACAGCAAAACGUGCGACGACCUGCACGCGCGCGGAGAGAGACCUGUGUCAGAAGCAGCGCGGGAGCGCGAGAGGAAGCUCAAGUCGACUAUUUUACUGCGCCACUGUGACUCCAACACGCUGGAGGAUCUGUUUGAGACCCUCAACAGGGAGCAAGAAGCGCAACGCAAGCGGAGUGAAGCCACGCCGGGGUCGCAGACCCAGCGCAAGAGGAAGCCCAAGAAGAAAAAGGCCGCCGAGGGAUUCGCCGUCACUGCUGGCUGCAUUACGCGAAACCUUGAGCGCUUCCUUCACCGUCGCUUCCUCUUCUGUCUCGAGGAGAUUGUGGUUCUCUUCGCUCAGCGCAAGACGGAGGCGUGUCGCGCGCAGAUCGCCGUGUUCCAACAGGACUUGGAGCCGUGUGUGGACGAGUCCCAAUUCCGCAAGUGGGAGGUCUCAACGAGUACACUGACGUUGGCCAUGCGCGACAGCUUCUUCAGGAUGCUGCUGCACGACAUUUGCCAGUUCCACGCCAUUGUAUCGUCCAGCAGGAACACGCGGGAGGGGACUCGGAUCACGCAGCUCCGCCUGGCGCUCCACUACACGUGGUCGAACAUCGAUACCCGCAUCACCACGGAGCAAGAGGCUCGCAGCUGA